AGAACAUGCACACUGGCGAUCCACACAGCGAUUCCUGGACCGUCUGCGGGCCAGAUCCAGAAGGCAAUUGGGCCUGAUGAGGCCCACGGGCCUUAGUUUGCCAACCCAUGCCCUGAAGUCUAUUUGUCUGCUUCUCCAUCAUACUGCUUGCAGUGCUUCUCUCAGCUAAAUGUAUUAACUGGAGUGAUGUUACAACUUUAUUAUAACCCCACCUUCCUAUGUGCCUACAGAUUUAGGAUAUUGGUGGCGAUUUGUUUUGUUUUGAAGUCAUUUCAUCUUAUAAAACCUACAGAUACUGUGUUAGAUCUUCUGCUGAUUUGCCGGGUUCUUUUCUAAGCCCUAAUUCCUAUUGGAAAGAGGGAUUCACACAUAUCUAUUUGCUAUUAUAGCUCAAAAGCCUCUGCUCACUCCCCAAGGACCACUUACAGUGAAUUUUAUGUAAUAGCACCGAGAGCUUAUGCUACAUUUUAGCUAGUAGCACUUUGAUAUCUUACCUUUUCUAUAAAUUAGAAAUUGUUUCUUUUACAACAGUGUGCCCCAUAAGGCAAUUUAUUAAGUCUCUUCUGCUGCACAUUUCCACAUUGGUCACCUGAGGCUCUUCCCUGUGUCAAAAAUGUUUGUGCUCCAAUAAAAUACAGAUGAAAAAAUGUUUUACUCAGUAUAAAACAAGUACUGUUUGAACUACAGUAUUUGAUUUGGUGGAAUAAUACUUUCUAAGUGCUGGAGACAACUUAAGAGCAUUGUCUUUUUCUUUCCUGUGAACAGUUGCUUUUACUGGUUAUAAACUAGUUAUAAACACAUCACACAUUACAUUGUUUUUAUACUUAAAUUAGCUUAAGCACAUGCAGUCUUUAUUAUACACAGUCAUAUAAAGCAAAUACGGACUAUUAUCAACACCGUGGGAAGACAGAUAAAUAAAUCCAACUGAUUUUUAGAGGAAUGAAUUGCAGCGAUUUCCCCCCCCUCCCCAACAGUCCUUCAGAACUGCAGAUAAAAUAACUUCCUGUCUCUCAGUUUCCUGUAUCCAUGGUAACUUUAUUUUAACCAGUCAUUGUGGAGGAGCCAGCGGGGAAGAGUAGAUGUUUCCUGUAGGAACAGUUGCAGAACCUGCAACAAAACGUAAGAAACUAGCCCGUUGUCUAGAAAGUUCUUAAACUCCAGCAUAUGCAUGUACUAAUAAUUUUACUGUGGUACAGAAGAAGAAAUUUUAGCUGAUAAAAUGAGCAUCACAUUCUAGCACAAUCAAAGAUGACGGGAAAUCUCAAAAUCUGGGAUAUGUGUCAACUUCACCCCUUUGAGUUGUUUUGGAAUUCUCUUCCUUGUUUAUUUCUGUUGCUGAUCCAGGAUAUACUUUGCUGUCCAUCUCUUUGCCAGCAGUGUAGAGGCAGACAAGCUGACUGCCGUGAUUCAGGUCUUUCCAUUGUUCCAAAGAAUUUCCCACAACAUACCGUCUUUGUAUAUUUAAGUGGGAACAACAUAUCACACCUAAAUCCAAAUGAACUGAAAGGCCUCCGGCAACUCGCUGUGCUACACCUGGAUAAUGCUAGCAUUUUAUAUGUGUACCCAAAGGCAUUUUCUGAACUUAAGAAAUUGUGGUACCUACGUCUGAAUAAUAAUCAAAUAAAACACUUGGAUCCUGGAACAUUUGAAGGACUUUCAAAGCUUCGCUCUUUAUACCUGCAGAAUAAUGAAAUAGCUUUUGUUCGCAAGGGAUUAUUUAGUGAUCUUGCUUCAGUUCAAUAUCUGAUGCUGCAAAGUAAUCGUCUCAGGACUGUUGGCAGUGGCAUUUUUGUCAGCAUGAUUAGUCUUCGGAUUCUUAACCUAGCGAACAAUAAGAUUUCGUGGAUAUCACACUCGGCAUUUCGUCACCUUGACAACCUCACAUGUUUGUACCUUGACGGUAACAAUUUAACACGUGUGCCGUCAAAUGCAUUUGCUGCAUUGAGCAAUCUUGAAAGACUUUCAUUGUCACAUAACCCUAUUGGAUCAAUACCUCCCUUUGCAUUCAGAGGACUUGACAAGCUUCAACAUCUAUCUCUAAAAAGUGCCAAAAUAAAAGCUAUCCAUGUGAAUGGCUUUACAGGUCUAAAUAAUCUUAAAAAGCUACUUCUGAGCAAUAAUGAUUUGCAAAACAUCAAUUCCAGCACCUUUGCGCUGUUGGAGGAGUUAAUGUUUCUGCAACUCGAUAGAAACAAAAUAAUCAGUAUUGCAGAUAAUACAUUUGAAAAAAUAGGAUCCUCUUUGAAGAUACUGAAUCUAGCAUUUAAUAAUCUUACAGACUUGCAUUCUAAAGUGCUUAAGCCUUUGGUCUCUUUAACUCACUUACUGGCAAAUCACAACCCUUGGAAUUGUAGCUGCAGAUUACUUGGGCUAAUUAACUGGCUAACAUCUUCUUCCAUCUCUGUUAAAAUUCAUUGCCAAAAUCCUUCCUAUUUGCAUGGCAGGCACUUGAAUUAUGCCAACUGGGGUUUGGUUGCAAACUGUUUCAACACUACCACAAGACCUGGAAUAUUCGGGAACGUAAAGCCAGCAGGUUUCCAUCAAAGUACCACUACUUUAUUGAUGAGAUCGGAUAACGCCCCCUCAAGCCAUGCAGUUUAUGAACAUUCAAAGGAUAUGGAAACAAAUACAGUUACAUUAUGGGCAGAAGUGCCGACCUCAUCAGCUGCUCAAAAUCUGGAUGGAACCCAUUCCAGUAGGAAGCUGAGACAGGCAGCUAUAGUGUUCUCAGUGCUAACGGUGCAAAUACCAGCGCAGAAUAUACCUGUUAAUUUGACCAUGGAAGAAAGCAGAGCAUCUCCUCCAGAAUCUACUUCUGUCUCCUUGAAAACAUCUCUAAUCUGCACACAGCAGGUCGAGAAACUACAUCAGGCAUUUGACAUUUUAUUAACCUUUUUUAUUUUGGCCUGUGCUGUGAUCUUCUUUUUGAUCUACAAAAUCAUUCAGUUCAGGCAGAAGCUCAAAGAGCAAAAUGACUCUGACAAUGGAAUAGAAUACUAUGGCUUUUAUCAAGCUGGAAGCUACAGCAUAACGGAUCCAACUCAGCCUGUACCUCAGCACUCACUGGGAAGUUCAGAACUGGACCACAGUCAGCCUCCUAAACCAGCAGCACUUCAAAGCCAAGCGCAGGUCAUCUUAUUUGAACAUUCUGCAUUGUAAUAUACUCAGCAGGGAUUUUUGUGGCUGCAUGUAUGAAGUCUAUAAACAGCAGCAGCGUGAGAUAUUUUGUAGAUAAAAGUUCAACAACUGAUAUGGGGGGGGGGGCGGAAUCUAGUCUGUCUUUUUCAAAUAUUGCCAUAUUUGCUGUCAUUUUAAU